AUUUGGUCCUGGCGCAGUAGCUAGCUAUCGAUGUUCAAGGUGAGUCGACUACCGCUAUAUAAUAUUUAAUUUAGUUGUUGAGUGAGGUUGUUGGUAGCCGCACCGGUGGUUUCAUUAAUCUCCGUUUCUUACCGGACCUCGAAUACGAUUGGAAUCCUUGUGAGAUGUGAUUAACGUUGUAUUUCUUCGUACUAGUUGCAUGCUAAACUUGGUAGCAUUUGCUAACCGGCUAGAAAUAUGUUUUUGACAGCUUGGGAACAUAACUAGCUACAACAACUGCAACGUUAGCUAUAGCCAGCUAGCCACCAAUGACCCGAAUCGGAUUUGUUUGACAACUUUGAUAGUUAACUUUAAACAAUUUUGAAAGUAGCUGACUUGUAAGAAACUUAACUAGCUAACUUAACGUUGAAUAGUGUUGGUUGUAAAACUAGCUAGCCAGAUUGAGUUUGCAUUGGGCUAGCAGCUAACGUUAGCUAGCUUGCAGACAGCAAUUUGCAGCGUUGUUGCACAAUGUUAACUACAGAAUGUGCAAUCAGGAAAAUGACCUAUGUUACACUUUUCUGCAGUAGUCUUGAAUCGCUGUUCUCAAACCUCACCUUGGGGAGCCCUAGACGUGUCACAAUUGUGUUGUAGCCCUGAAGCAACGUUAGCACACCAGAGUCACUUAAGUUCAUUAAGGGCUUGAUUAAUUGGCAAGUUGAAUCAGGUGUUCUAGCUCUGGAAAUUAAUGGAACUGCGGGAGGUUUGAGAACCACUGCUGCAGGGAAGAGUGAGGACAACCUAUUUCUUUGUACUGUACUCAUGUCAAAAUAGGCUUACAUUUUUUAUUAACAUAACCAUUGAGCCUUGUUUAGUGGAGUAAUGGAAAUUAUUAUUUUGUCUCAUCUCUGUUUUCUAGAAUGUUCAGGAGUCCACAGAUUCUGGCCUUGACAUGCCCUGUCAGGACCCAGAGACCCCUGCUGCUGUCUGUCAGAGACCCCCGCGUGCCUGCCCUACCUGAGCACACCUGUCAAAGGUGGACUGGACCCAAAGCAUGGAGAAGUCUCUGUCAGGGGGAUGGUGAGGAGGCAGUAUCCCUCUCUUCAGCCAUUUCUUCACACCUUGUUAGCAGAGGCACCUCCGGUUGUGAGAGUUGUCUCCUAAACACCGCACCUCAACACCUCUUACAAAAAGCCACCCCUCCCAACCGCCCUCAAUUGUCUCAGGACUCUAGCUUUGCCUCUUUGAAACGUACACCACGACUGCCGGUGCUUGUAGCAUGUGACCCUUGGAAAACCACUUUAUUGGAACAUUUGGACAAUUCUAAAGCCCCCGACUGUUCUAGCGACCUCAAGUGCCUUCUACAAAGGAGGCAAACUGACAAUGGUAGCCAAUGUUUAUCUGCUGAGGUGAAGGUGAACGUCACAUUUAGUGUUAAACGUAAUAGUUACAGACCUGUUCAAAGUGGCAAGAUUCACAAGGACCCUUUUCACAGACUGCUUAUGUCCACACCCAAACUGUGGACUGUGGAUCCCCAGCGAAGCCUUUCACUCCAGAGCCGCGGCCUGCACCAGGCUGCUGCCUCCUGCCCUGAGGUUGCCCUGAGGGAGUGCCUUUCACUGGUGAACGAGGCACGCUGCCGGCAGAGCCUGGGGCCUAAUGUGGCUCUGUAUGAGAAGGACGUCCGGGGGAAGAGGGGGGCCAGUGAGGCCCAGGGGAAGUGGGCGUCCGUGCUGGUCUCUCUUUGCUCCGUGGAGGGAGAGCCCGCCUUCCUCUUCACCCUCAGAUCCACAGCACUGAAGGGCAGACACAAGGGCGACGUCAGGUAACCACAGACUCCUGCACCAUUCCCACUGCUUUGGGGAUAUUUAAUGUUUGACAAAUGAUGUCAUAUGACAGAACUUAACAACUCUGAAAAUUACAACUUUAUUUGUGUGUUUUGACAAAACAUUGUCAUGUAAAUGAUUGUAUGAAGUCGAAUAUAAGGCUGGAAAUUGACAGUGCUGUGUGAAUGUCCAGUUUUGCAGGGGGCAAGCGUGACCCCUCGGACAAGGACGUUGUGGACACCGCCCUGCGAGAAGCUUGUGAGGAACUGGGUGUCACUGUGGCAACAAACCAAGUGUGGGGCGUGCUGAAACCACUCAGGGAUAUGGUGAGGACCUUAACCCUACCCAUACUACCCAUAAUCCUUCAUGAUCCCCAUCCCUCUCUGUGUGACGCACUGACACACAGUUAGUAGCUCCCCUCUGCUCUAGAGCAGUUGAGAUGGGGUAGUAUAAUUUCAGUGAAACAUUUCUUAAUAUGAGUAUGUCUUCAUUAUGUAAAUUGUUGAUCUGCCGCAUUUCCUAAUCAUGGCACAUUUUCUCUCAGUCUGGAAUGAUGAUAGCCCCUGUACUGGCCAACCUUGGCCCCCUGGAGGCGCUGUCGUUCAAGCCAAAUCCUGCCGAGGUACAGUUACAAGAACUCUGUUUUCAAAUGUUACAAUCACUCUGUUUGCCUUUGGGCUGAACUAACACGAAUACCAUCUAACAUGGAGUUAAAAUGACAUUCUCCUUUCUCUCUCAGGUAGAAGAGAUCUUCACCCUGUCGCUCUCCCACGUAUGCAGUCCCCAGAAUCGGGGAUACACCAACUUCCGCACCGGUGAGCGCUAUGGAUACACCCUGCCCGUGAUCUGCAACGGGAAGCACCGCGUGUGGGGCCUCACUGCCGUGGCCCUCGAACACACGCUCAAACUCAUCGUGCCACCAUGACAAUCAAUCAUGCCAGCCAUCACUACUGUUUUUUGUAAAGCAUAGUGUAUGUGUGAUUAUGGAAUAAGUUGAUUGUGUUUCAUAUGUGAAAUCGAUCGUUGGGCUUAUGUAUCAAUUGAGGCCAUCUUGCUUUCAAUGUAUCCCAUAUAAGCAUACAUGUCAGAAGUUAUAUAUUGAAUAUAUGAGAUAUUAGGUAGGGUCAUGUAAGGAACAAUCACCUUCCAUCUCAAAGCCACUUUGGAUUGUAAUGUCACUGUAUUUUGUAAUACUGACAUAAUAACCUGCAGUACUCCCUGGAAAGGUCAAAUCUCGACAGUUCAUUCAUUCACUAACCUAAUGAAAGCAAGGCACCAUGUUUCUGUGUGUCAAAAAUGUUUUAUGAUUCUAUCAUUUUUUAAACGUUAUUUCCUUAGGAUUCUGGACAGGAUCAAUCAUUAUUUUAUAUGACAUGCACACAGAAAUAAAUAUAGUGCAAAAACAUUGCAUUUGAUGUAUAAUAUACAGG